UGAGGUGAUCGAGAAGCUGCUCAUUCGGUGGAAGUACGACCUCUCCACAGUAUUCUCCAGUGAGAAUAGAGACACCCUCACCAGCGGUAUUGCCCGGAACAGUUCAGCACCUCCACCUCCGCCGUCCAAGACCCCGAGCCGCUCAUACGGGCCUCCCACGCGCUCUUACGGACCUCCAACACAAGAGGAGACCCGCGCGAGAGGCUACAGCGCCCCGUUCAUCAGCGCGCAGACGCUCGGCCAAUCACAAUUCAGGCCGAUUCAAGGUCAGCGCGGCCGGCCAAUCGGCUUCGACAGCGGUGUGACGUCACCGGUCGGCUCGGCCUAUCAGAGCGGCCCGGGCGUGGUGUACAGUGUGCCCUCGACCCGGCAGAAGCCGCCCCCGGAGCAGCCCUAUAGCGGCUAUCGGGCGCCCAGCAACACCAACUCAAACACUUGGGGUUACAGUUUUUCGGUGCCGUCGUCGAGACAGAAGCGGCAGGCGUCAACCGUUGGCCAGCUGUGUCCCACGGCAGGUCAAUUUGUGAUGCCCCGGGCGGGGCUGAAUAACCGGGGAGAAUGGCGCUACUUGAUCAACAUGGGGGAGCUGGACCAGCAGUACACACAGCUCAUUAGAUCGGAACGCUGCCUGUCGAGCCAGUGCAGCGGCCUGUGCACAGUUCCUGCCGGGAUGACGGCUACGUGCCAGCAACAAUACGUGCAAAAGAAAAUGGUCGGCCUGAACCCUAACGGUGGAGAAAUGUACACCGAUCUCUACUGGAUCCCGCAUUGCUGCGUCUGCCAGAUCUCGUAGAACCGGAGUUGGUGGGGUUUGUAGAAAGGAAGGAAGGCCAGUGAGCCGGGGUGUACCUCAGUUGUGGUCUUCUGGAUUCGGUAGACGCCAGUGGAGUGGAGAAUCGGGAAGUCAAUGGGCCGGGUCGACUUCAGUUGUGUUCUACUGAAUUCGGUAUAGACGCCGCGCGAGAAGGAAUGGUCUGCUGGAAUGACGCUUGUAGGGUCUGAUGAAAUCGGUAGAAACGGGUGGAAUGUGUACGACGGAACGUUGAUGUGAUCCCUACUCAUUGCUUGAUAUGGGUUAGCAGUUGUUGCGUUCAUUGAGAGAGAUGUUGGUAGAAGGUACCGGGUGUUUCUAACUAGUGACUGAUGCUCAGGCGCUUAAGGCGUCAAGAAGGUAAACCUCAGGCCAGACACGCAAAAGCUCGGGAACGCAGAGCGAUUACGGACGGGCCAGGCCUUUCGAACAUGCCGUGUAUCAUCAGAGGCGGAUCCAGCUCAGAGGUUUGGGGGGGGGGGGCAAACCAUAAAAAUUUAUCGAUUCUUUCCAUGCAUCGUCCAUAGGCGUAAUGUUAAAAUCAUGCCGUUUGGGGGGGGCAAAUGCCCAUUUUGCCCCCCCCCCUGGAUCCGCCACUGUGUAUCAUCCCACGACUGCUGAAGGACUUGUGACACGACUUCAGGCACUUGGUCCGGCUAAGACCUGCUAGAACAUCGAGCGUCUCAACAAACAGUCACAUCCCUUCACCACUUGGCGAGGAAAGAAGUGUGACUGACGCGUCCAUUUCAAUGUCACGCACUCGCGAAUCGUCAGAGAUGUUACUCUGCAGGGGUGAUCACUUUUCUGACUGUGGCUGAUGGACGCUCAGUGCCAGGCUAACACUGAAGUCAGCUCAGAUAGUCAGUGAAUAGGAUAGAAUGAAGUCCGUUUCUAUCAGGAGACUGACAGUUUUUGUGUUAUUUGACCGGUAUGGAUGUCAUCUUCGACAGAACGUAGGAGUUUGUGUGACGUUUUCACGAGUGGCGGGUCGAUAAAGGACUCCAAUAGAUGACGCGGCCGCCAUCUGUGGCUGAUUGAAGCGCUGCACGAUCCGACGAUGCGCGCAAAGUGUGUUUCGCGGAACUGCGGGUCCGAAUUGGCGGUGAACCUCACGACGUCUGUCGCAAGUGGACCUGAGGUCUUGGUUGGUGAGAAUACGACUGUGGUGCGGACCUUAAAAAGAUAUUGUGUGAUGAGGCAUGAUAUGAACACGUCGUGACCAGUCCCCAGACGCGAACUCUUUGAGAAGAAUCGUACUUGUGGAUGUAUGCGCUCGUAACAAUACAGUGCGUAGCUAUUGCUGAGUGGAUGGUACAUUGAUGAUGGCUAUUUGAGCUCGUAGCAAUACAGUGCGUAGACAUUGCAAGUGAGUGGAUGUUGCAGUCGUGUAUCAUCCUCGUGUAUUGCCAUUGACCUCCGUAACAGCAGUGUGUGACCUGAAUGAGCACGUGAAAUUGGUGUGACGACAGAAAUUGGUGUGAAUGUCGGACGGGAAGUAGUGUUUGCUUAGCGACUGUUGUCGGAUUUUUUUGAGACUAUCAAUCGCUUUAAGCGCUUUACUUUAAUGAAAAACGCACGUCAAGCCUCCUCAAUACCUUUAGCCCUGGAGAGCUGAAAAUAUCAUCUUACUUUCCUUUUUGACUUUCUGUUUAUUCAUAUCGCUCGUCUCGUGCCGUAUUUAUUUAUUUUUCACCUAGCGCUGAGUCAGGCAAAAAAAGCAGACUAAUUAUGUUCAGUGACCAGAACUUUUGGAACUCACUGAAGAAAAUGGUUAUUUUUGUAUGGUAGUGUAGUAGGUGUUGCACAUGCAUUCAUUAUUAUACCUAAAUUAUUUGCAACGGGUGGAAUAUUUGUUGAAGGGUAGGUAUGCUGCGCUACCCGCUCAGUCAGAACGAAUGUUUUGCAGAUAAACUCAGUGCGCACGCAUAAGUAAGCAUGAAUAAAAAAAAACUUAUGCCCGGUAUAUGAUUGUUAGGCGUUGCCUAGCGCUAGAUCGUCCGUCGGCUAUAAGGCACGAGACUGGGCUGCUUUUGACUUCUUUGUCGCUAUUUUUGAGACGCCACCAACGCCGGAGGCGCUGAUAUUGGGAAAACAAUAGGACACCAAUUGGCAAAUGUUACCUAUCAGUUGAUCAAUACCUGUGGUGGAUGUUUGCGAGUGUGCGCGUGUGUUAUUUGUGAAUAUGUGCUUGUGCAAUGUGCAUGUGUCUAUAUUUGUGAAUGUGCGUGUGUGUCUAUAUUUGUGAAUGUGCGUGUGUGUCUAUAUUUGUGAAUGUGCGUGUGUGUCUAUAUUUGUGAAUGUGCGUGUGUGUCUAUAUUUGUGCAAUGUGCAUGUGUCUAUAUUUGUGAAUGUGCGUGUGUGUCUAUAUUUGUGAAUGUGCGUGUGUGUUUGUAUCGUAUGCGUUUGAUGUGAGCCAGCAGCAAUGCUCACGCAGAAAUGGAACGGGAUUUCACUCAGCUGAUCAUCACUGUAUCUACGCUGGUUUAUUUACUAUGGUGUAGUAUCUUGAUUUUUACUGGUUAAUCUAUUAACAGUGCUGGCGUUAGGCUGCUUAGAUAUUUUAUUCAGAUGCAAGACAACUUAUUUGACGUCAACCUCUACCCCAUAAAUAUGAUGAAGUAGACUCGUUCACAAACGGAUUAUAUGAUGAGCAUUGAGCAUCGUUUGUAAACCCGUUAGUACUAUGCGCUUUUUUGCUCAGUUCUCUUGGGUAAUUGAUUCUGGACUAAUAUAUUUAUUCAGGCACACUGCGUGGGUAUUUCGUUGCUCGUGUCAUGAAUUGUCACCACUUGUUUUUCGCAUGAAAUAAAGUUGCAACUGAUCCAUGUGC